UAAUCGGAGCUCUGAGCCCGGCUAGCUCACACUUGGACUCUCUAAGCUCCGCGCGUGUACCCCGCCGGCACGUCCGCGCCCGCGCAGCCCCUACCGGGGAUUCACAGCCCGCCCGCGGAUCAGGAUGUCCUUCCAAGGCAAGAAGAGCAUUCCCCGGAUCACGAGUGACCGCCUUCUCAUCAAAGGCGGGAAGAUUGUGAAUGAUGACCAGUCCUUUUAUGCUGAUCUGUAUGUGGAAGAUGGUCUGAUUAAACAAAUUGGAGAAAACCUCAUCGUCCCUGGGGGCAUCAAAACCAUCGAUGCUCAUGGCCUGAUGGUGCUGCCUGGGGGAGUUGACGUCCACACCCGGCUGCAGAUGCCUGUGCUGGGCAUGACCCCAGCUGACGAUUUCUGUCAGGGCACCAAGGCGGCCCUAGCGGGCGGGACCACAAUGAUACUGGACCAUGUGUUUCCUGAGGCUGGUGUGAGCCUACUGGCGGCCUAUGAGCAGUGGAGGGAGCGAGCGGACAGUGCAGCCUGCUGUGACUACUCCUUACAUGUGGACAUUCCCCGCUGGCAUGAGAGUACCAGAGAGGAGCUGGAGGCCCUAGUCAGGGACAAAGGUGUGAAUUCCUUCCUGGUCUUCAUGGCAUACAAGGACAGGUACCAGUGUACUGACGGUCAGAUGUAUGAAAUCUUCAGCCUCAUCCGGGACCUGGGAGCCUUGGCCCAAGUGCACGCAGAAAACGGGGACAUUGUGGAGGAGGAACAGAAGCGCCUCCUGGAGCAAGGCAUCACUGGCCCUGAGGGCCAUGUCCUCAGCCACCCAGAAGAGGUAGAGGCCGAGGCUGUGUACAGAGCGGUCACCAUUGCCAAGCAGGCCAACUGCCCACUAUAUAUCACCAAGGUGAUGAGCAAGGGAGCGGCUGACAUGGUCGCCCAAGCCAAACGCAGGGGGGUGGUCGUCUUUGGGGAACCUAUCACUGCCAGCCUGGGCACUGAUGGCUCACACUACUGGAGCAAGAACUGGGCCAAGGCUGCGGCCUUCGUCACUUCACCCCCUAUCAACCCAGACCCUACCACUGCAGACCACCUCACCUCCCUGCUGUCCAGUGGGGACCUCCAGGUAACGGGCAGUGCGCACUGCACCUUCACUACUGCGCAGAAGGCCGUUGGCAAAGACAACUUCACGCUCAUUCCGGAGGGUGUCAAUGGUAUAGAAGAGCGCAUGUCUGUGGUCUGGGAGAAGUGUGUGGCUUCGGGGAAAAUGGACGAGAACGAGUUUGUUGCUGUGACCAGUGCGAACGCUGCUAAAAUCUUCAACUUUUACCCCAGGAAGGGGCGUGUGGCCGUGGGCUCUGAUGCCGACCUGGUCAUCUGGAACCCCAGGGCCACGAAAGUCAUCUCUGCCAAGAGCCACAACCUGAAUGUAGAGUACAACAUCUUCGAAGGAGUCGAGUGCCGAGGAGCGCCCACGGUGGUCAUAAGUCAGGGCAGAGUGGUGCUGGAAGACGGAACGCUUUGUUACUCUCUCUGCCCCUUAAGGCACUCUGUGGCCGCCGCCCUUUGUCGUCCCAGUAUUUCUACUGUUGGCGAGCCUUUAUCCAAUCUUUCCUCCUUUAGACAACAAAGUCAGGGAAAACGUUUGCGGGGUGAUGAAGGGGCGGCGGCCGCCGGGGUACCAAAGGAGGGCCUUCCGGCCGCUGUCUUUUCCAAGCAUCACCCCAGCUCAGCUGACCGUUGA